UAGAAGGCAGUGACAAGAGGGAGAGAGUCACUACAAUAUUGACAUCUUUCUGCCAACAGUCCGAGCAUCCGCGAGAGAAACACACCCCAGAGCUACGAUUCCUGAGAAGCCCACGCUCAACACUUGUGAGCUGAGAUGAAGUGCCUGGUGUGUGUUCUGAUCAUCAACCUGUUGCUGACCUCCUUUCCCGUUUCUGGAAUCAAGCUGUGCGGCCAAGAGUUAAUCCGAGCGAUCGUUUAUGCCUGUGGGGCUUCUCGCUGGGCGAGGCUUCUGGAUGACCAGAACGAUCCUUUCCAGAUCUCAGCUGAUAAAGAUUACUCCAAGGAGAUGGACAGCAUGAGAAAUCUUCAAAGAAUCUUUGGCAGUGACAGAAACCAGGAAACCGAGCCAUCUUAUGCUAAUCAAGUGUUUGACAAGUACAACAACCAGUAUGAUCAGGCACCAGGGGAUUUCCGUGAGUACAUUCGCCAGAUUGAUGGAGGCAGCAAUAAAGACCACGCUUUUGCAUCAACACUGGUGCAGCAUCAACCGUGGGCCAGAUUCAUCAGGAAGAAAAGGGAUGCAUCAACAGACUUGGCAACCAAAUGCUGCACUGAAGGCUGCACCAAUCAAGAGAUCAGCACAUUCUGCUGAAAACUGUACAUUUCUAUUUAUAGAAUAUUCA